AGUAUUAAAAAUGGAUAUUAUUAAGAGGUAUUGUUGGAUAUUAGUGAUUUUAAUCUUCUUAAGAGAGAGUUGUGAUGGGUGUUUAGAGGAAGAAAGAGUUGCACUAUUGCAAAUAACGUCUUCCUUCAAUCCUUCUUUUCUUCCUUAUUUUUGGAGGAUAGAUAGUGUUGCCUGUUGUAAUUGGGAAGGCAUUGAGUGCGAUGAAAUUACUGGUCGAGUUACAAAAUUCUACCUUUCAUUCAUGAGGGAUCGGUCUUUACAGAAUGAUUUUUACCUAAAUGUCUCUUUGUUUCUUCCAUUUCAACAAUUGAAGUAUCUUCAUUUAAGUGGAAAUGGUAUAGCUGAUUGCGUUAAGAAUGAAGGUUUUGAAAGGUUGUCAACACUUUCCAAUUUGGAACUUAUUGAUUUGAAAGAGAAUUGAUUAAGCAAUAGUAUCUUAUCAUCGCUGGGUGGUCUUUCAUCUUUGAAAUACUUAAAUCUAUCUCACAAUAGAUUGGAAGGAAUAAUUAAUAUGCCAGAAUUAAAUAAUUUGAUAGAAUUGGAUAUAAGUUACAAUGAAAUCGAUGGCUUCAAUUCUUACCAUGGGCUUUCAUCUCUCAAAAAGCUGCAUAUAGGAGACAACCAGUUGGAAAGAGCAUUCGAUUUGAAAGGUAAUUUCACUAAUUUGAAAGAGCUGUACCUGGAUUAUUCUAUUAAUGUGGAUGACAACUUCCUUCAAAGCCUUGGAGCAAUGAUGCCUUCUGUUAAGCUUUUGUCUUUAAGGUGGCUGAAUGGAUCCGUACCUACUGGAGGUUUACUUAAUUUCAAAAAUUUGGAGUAUUUGGACUUGAGUUAUUCUGCUAUCAACAAUAGCUUUGGUCUACAAGACAUUGGAAUAAUGAGGCAUCUUAAAACUUUAUUAUUACCUGGUUGUCGACUUACUAGACCCAUACCUACUGAUCAAGGUCUUUGCAAAUUGAAGUUUCUGCAAGAGCUAGAUAUAAGUGGCAAUUAUCUCAAUGGUAGUUUGCCAUGGUGUCUAGCAAAUUUGACAUCCCUCAAAAUAUUCUCUCUCUCUAGUAAUAACUUUAUUGGAGACAUUGCUUCAUCUCCUCUUAGGAGAUUAACAUCCCUUGAAUAUCUAGAUCUCUCUGAUAAUCUCUUCCAAAUCCCAAUCUCACUCUCUCUAUUUUUUAACCAUUCAAAUCUCAAUUUUUUGGAUUGUCAAAAUAACACCAUAUAUGCCAUAACAGAGGCUCAUAAUUUCACUCCAAAGUUUCAGUUAGAGACUCUCCACUUGUCUGGCCAUGGAUAUGGUAGUGUAGAAAUUCCCAAUUUCCUCUAUCAUCAGUAUAAUCUACAAUAUGUUGAUCUAUCAAACAAUAACAUAAGAGGAGAGUUUCCAUUCUGGUUAUUAGGCAACAACACAAAACUAAGGGUAAUUCAUUUGGCCAACAAUUCUCUUUUAGGGCCAUUCCAGUUACCUAUUCAUUCUCCUCCGAAUUUGUCAUUCUUGGAUAUUUCUGAAAAUAGUCUGUAUGGAUCCAUCCCAAAAAAAAUUGGGACACAUUUGUCAAGAUUAGAGAUAUUAAACCUGAAGGGAAAUGGUUUGAAUGGGAAUAUUCCCCCUUCAUUUGGAAAUAUGAGCUUUUUGGAAAGUUUGGACUUAUCUGACAAUAGAUUGUCAGGAAGUAUACCUGAGCAAUUGAUCGUAGGUUGUAUCUCAUUAUUUCAACUCAAACUUUCAAAGAACACUUUGCAAGGAUCUUUGAGUGAUGUAUUUAAUGGUAACUCUUCAGUUAGAUCUUAG